AUGCUGGAUGAAUGUGAAAAAUAUGAAACAAGAAAUGAAUAUAUACAAACAAAAGAAAUUAUCAGUCGAUUACGUGAAAACUAUCAAUUCAACGAAGCACUUCAAUAUUAUAUAGCUGAUACGCUUUUAUGUCGUUUAUUCAAUCGAGCGCUUCAUACAGAGAAUGUUGAUUUUCUUUUCGUAUUUCGAUUUUUCUUAGCUGAUGUGUAUAACCAAUUGCAACAUUUAUAUACCAAACAAUUUUUAAAUGAUACGACAAAUUCUGGUAAUUGCUUAGAUCUAUUUCAUGGUCAGCCUAUCACCAUUACUGAAUUCGAUAUUAUCAAACAUAAUGUUGACCGAUUAAUAUCAAUUAAUGUAUCUCUUUCAACAACAAUAGAUUAUCAUCUUGCAUGUAUUUUUGCUGGAUUUGAUGAUCAACAUAAAUCACCGGAUAAGGUAUCUGUAGUAUUUCAAAUUGAAAUUGACGAUACUCGUCAUUUAUUAAAAAGACCAUUCGCUUCUUUAAAAGAAAUAAGUAAAAUAAAAGAUGAAAAAGAAGUACUCUUUUCCAUUGGAACAGUAUUUCGUAUUAAAAAUGUUGAAAAUGUUUUCGAUAAUGAUAAAAAUUGGUAUGUUCAAUUGAAAUUAGUUAAUGAUAAUCAUGAGAAUGAACUUACUGAUCUUCGAAAUGAAUUAGAAAGAGAAUUUUGUGAUAAUUGUAAUAUUUGUAAUUUCGGAGGUGCAUUAAUUACAAUGGGUGAAUACAAUAAAGCUGAACGAUAUUUUCUAAUGAUUCUUGAGCAUGCUACGAAGGAUCAACUUACUACACCUACUGCAUACACCUAUCUUGGAAUUAUUUACGAUAAUAAUGGUGAUUAUUCAAAGGUAUUAGAAUAUAAUCAACAAGCAUUACAGCUUUAUAAAAAAUUAAAUGAAACUCAUGAUCAUCGAGAAGAUAUUGAAGUGGCAUAUACUCAUAUUGGUUCCAAUUAUCAUCGUAUGGAUAAUAAGCAGUUAGCGUUAGCAUAUUACAAUAAAGCAGCUGAAAUACAGAAAUUACGAUGGAGGAUUAGUUAUACAUUUAAUCAAAUUGCCUUGAUACAUCAAGAUAAUGGUGAUUAUAAACAAGUAUUAUAA